ACAUCUGCUGAAACCACUUGUGAAUGUGUACAUUACCAAGUUAGUGUAAGAUAUUUUUAGCUAUAACCUGCUAGGGCAAGAGUGCAUGGGAUGGCAGGUAGGGAGGAUCUAGAGCUUCCCGGGUGAUGUAAUGGGUUAAGACGAAGAAAAUCAAUAAAGGCAGGAUCAUCGUUAUCUUUCUCUUUCACUCUGCGCGUGCACGGUAACCAAAUGGAUUGGAAAUGAGCAAACACACUCUCAAUAGAUAGACGGGUUACGUAAACUAAAGAAAACACGGACUGCUUAGAAAGGAAGACAAAGAAACAAAGACAAGCAAGAACAUGGCAACACCUGUGGACCUGCACGGACUGUUUGAGAAUAACAACACCUUCGACUAUGAUGAUUAUGAGUACAAGGAAGUGGUCUGUCCGUCCAGCACAGUCUCUGGAGCUUUGGCGGUCUUCAUGCCCCUGCUGUACUCUGCAGGGAUCUUAUGGGGGCUGCUGGGAAACGGACUGGUGCUGGUAAUACUGUUUCUUAAGAGGCUACACCUGAGUGUGAUGGACAUCUUCAUCCUUCUUCUGAGCUUAACAGACAGUCUGCUGCUCUUUACACUUCCUCUCUGGGCUGUAGAUGCGGUUAAGGGAUGGACCAUGGGAGCAGAGGUCUGCAAACUGUCUGGAGUUCUGUUCGAGUUCAAUUUCUACUGUGGUAUCUUCACGUUGGCCUGCCUCAGUGUUGACUGCUAUCUGUCCAUCGUCCAUGGAGUACAGCUGUUUUCUUGUAAAAAGCCUGUGGUGGUUUACUGUUGCUGCCUGAUUAGUGUCCUCUGCCUGCUCCUUUCCAUCCCUAAUUGGAUCUUUCUGAGUCCCGUCAGUGGCACAAAUGAGGGUAAACUGGAAUGUAUUCACUCUUAUCCGCCUGAUUCCUGGCGUCUUGCCUCUCGUUUUCCACAUCUUUUUGUUCUACCACUACUCUUGCUACUGUGCUGCUGUUCCUUCAUCCUGCUUAAGUUACGUCACAACUCAAAGUGCCAGCAGAAGAAGAAGGGCCAAAGGGCAGCUAUCAUUGCGGUCCUUGUGUUGGUUUUCUUUAUCUGCUGGACACCCUACAACAUUACCUUCAUCGUGAACACUGUACAGACAGCGGAGAGCAUCUCUUCAGCAGUGGCAGAAGAGUGUGAAGGGAGGCAGUGGACAGCUAGCAAAAUAACGGCAGUUUUUGGGCUUCUCCAUUGUGUUGUUAAUCCUGUCAUUUACCUCUGUCUCUCCAAAGAGUUCAGGCAUCGUGUACUGACUUUGACAAAGUUCAGUGCUUGUGAAACAGAGAGUAAUGAUGUUUCACUUUGGGACUCUAGUGUAAUAAAUAGAAACACAUCUGCCCAAGAGGAACAAGGUUCACUUCAACCUAUGAGUGACAUUAAUUCAACAGUAAAACACCAGGAUCAUGAUACAUGAAAAAUAUGGAUCAUAAAACACUGACUUCCAGACGCACUGUAUCUCGAAGUAUGUUAUGCAUUCUUCAUUUAACAUGUGAGCAUUUAAUAGAUAUCACCAAGUAUGGAAUAACCCAGUUAACCCAGUCCUCCAAAGGUUUCUGUACAUGAAUUCUGAAAUAAUCUUUCAUUAUGGAUGAUAAAGGAUGAAAUUUAAAAUAUGGACAUGAAGGAAGGACAUAAAAUGCUGGCCAACUUGUUUGCAGUUUAAUUCUGUUUAAUCUGUAAAAUCAUACUGGGAAUUAUUUAAUUUUAUUUGUUUAAAUUAUUUGUUUAUUUAUUAUCGCUGUGCUGUAAAUGUUUUGGAAUGUUCUGGAACAAUGGUUUUAGUAAUGGAUUGAUAUGAUCAGCCAGUGUUUGGCCAUUGGUCGGUUCUGUGCCCACUUGCUUGAUUAACAGAUGUCUUCAUUCCCACUCAAAUACAAAAUCAUUUUCAAUGGA